AUGGGCUGUUGUUGUUGCAAGUCCUACGCCAUUGACGACAGUAAUGAAAACCCGGGUGAAAAAUCGUCAAAUAAGGGCUUGUCGGAUAAUUUGCAAGCCGCUGCCAAUGGCGUGUCUUCUAGGAGGGAGGAGAAUUGUGGGGUGAAGCAUAAGAUAGAUAGUAAUUUUAAUAAUGGUGACAAUGAGGGGAAAGUGGUUUUGAUUGACAAGGUAGUUAAUGGUUCGGGUCAAUUGCAGAGAGAGAGUAGUGAGAGGAAGAGAGAGAAGGCCGAGUAUGUGAAUAAGGUGCUUCAUCCUAGGUUAGGUAUGGUUCCGAGAGCAAAUGAAGGAGAACAGGUGGCGGCCGGAUGGCCGCAUUGGCUGGCGGCAGUGGCCGGCGAGGCUAUUAAAGGAUGGGUGCCGAGGAGGGCGGAUUCUUUCGAGAAAUUGGAUAAGAUUGGUCAAGGUACUUACAGUAAUGUAUACCGAGCCCGUGAUCUUGAUGGAGGCAAGAUUGUUGCUUUGAAGAAAGUAAGGUUUGAUAACAUGGAGCCUGAGAGCGUCCGUUUCAUGGCCAGGGAGAUCCACAUUUUACGUAGGCUCGAUCAUCCGAACAUAAUCAAACUGGAAGGCCUCGUCACAUCACGAAUGUCUUGCAGUUUGUACCUCGUUUUUGAAUACAUGGAGCAUGAUUUGGCCGGACUUGCAUCCCAUCCCGAGCUCAAAUUUACCGAACCUCAGGUUAAGUGUUAUGUACAACAACUUUUACUCGGUCUUGAUCAUUGUCAUAGCCGGGGUAUCCUUCACCGUGAUAUAAAAGGUUCAAAUCUUCUAAUCGACAAUAAUGGGAUCCUGAAGAUUGCGGAUUUUGGCCUGGCUAGCUUUUAUAAUCCUCAUCAGAGUCAACCGUUGACCAGCCGUGUUGUGACCCUUUGGUACCGGCCGCCCGAGCUUCUUCUUGGCGCCACUCAUUAUGGUGUUGCUGUAGAUUUGUGGAGCUCUGGUUGCAUAGUGGCUGAGCUGUAUGCUGGCAAACCUAUCAUGCCUGGGAGAACAGAGGUUGAGCAAUUGCAUAAAAUAUUCAAACUUUGUGGGUCCCCCUCGGAGGAGUACUGGAAGAAAUCGAAGCUGCCUCAUGCUACAAUUUUCAAGCCCCAACAACCGUAUAAACGUCGUGUAUUUGAAACAUUUAAAGAUUUCCCCGAACCAGCAGUAGCACUUAUCGAGAUCUUACUGUCCAUCGAUCCUACAGAUCGUGGAUCUGCAGCCUCUGCUUUGAAGAGUGAGUUCUUUACAGCAAAGCCGCAUCCUUGUGAUCCUUCAAGUUUGCCAAAAUAUCCUCCCACCAAAGAGUUUGAUGCAAAAAUUCGAGAAGAGGCACGGAGACUAGUGCCAGCUGGCAGCAAAGCCCAAAGGCAAGAUGUCGAAAAGAGAGGAUCGAGAGAAUCUCGUGCAGUUCCAGCGCCCGAGGCUAACGCUGAACUAAUCUCGUCAAUGCAGAAAAGAAGGUCCCAGUCGAACUCCAGAAGCAGGAGCGAAAUGUUUAGCUCACACCCUGAAGAAGCAGCUUCUGGUUUUCCGAUCGACCCUCCCAGACCAUCCCAUUUGGCGGGACAAUCCAAUGAAACCCAUAUCCGUGGGUCCCACUCCGGGCCUUUGGCUAACCGGGCCAAAUCUGAAAAGCCCAUCGAGGAUGACCCGAAGCCCAGUUCAGUUGCUGCCAGGAGGAGCAUCAUGUUGUCUGGAGAGCAUGAAGAAAAACUGUCCUCCAGGCAUGAUUUUCCGAAGCUUAUGUCUAGGUUUCCAGGCUCGUUUAAGGAGGUUACAAAUGCUAUAUUGAGGCGAGAUGGGAAAAAUUUCGUGAAUGCAGAUUCUCGGCCGUGUGAGGAUGAACGAGUCGGAAAGGAUCCCGUUCUUUUGGGAUACGGGUCGAAGGGUAACAAAAUUCACUAUUCGGGUCCACUGUUAGUUCCUUCGGGUAAAGUGGACCAGGCAUUGAAGGACCAUGACCGUCAAGUCCAAGAAGCCGUGAGACGAGCUAGGCUCGAGAAGGCUAGGUUACGUAAAAUGCAGGGUGAUGGUAACAAGUUCUCCAUAAAUUCAUUCUUCGUUUCGGGUCGCUGA